GUCUAUGGUGAAAAUUAUAAUUUCCCCUUCAAGCAGUUUGAUACUAUCCUUGACAUGGAAAAAGAUGAGUUGGCUCCUGAGAUAGAAGAGGAAGAAGAAGGCGAGAUAGAGUAUGCUAAAGGUGAUGAUAUCGAGAUGGGUGACAUGGAUGAUAUGGAAGAUUUUGAAGGCUUUGGUGAUGAAGAUGAUGAUGGAGAUGAAGAUGAUAUGGAAGAGCCAGUAACAAAGAAACCCAAGCGAUCAGACUCUGAUUCAAGUUCAACGAUUGGGCGGAAAUCUAGGAAGGUUAUCAACGAGGUAAAUCGAUUGUUCUCAGUAUGAUUUUUUUGACAUGAGUAUGAAUAUUCUUGAUGUCAUCAUACACCAUGUCGCCUAUAAACAUUGAUAAAAUCGAACACAUCUUACUGUCUUGUCAGUUGUCACGUACGAUUUGUUGUCCAACACAAAAAGUAGUAGUGGCCUAGGGGGGAUCAGUAAUUAUGCUUUUCUCUUUAUGAAAGCUCUUUGGAUGAUUUCUUUAUUGUAGAGGUUCUCCCAAAAUAUGCAUUUGUUUCACAAUGUUAGUUUUUCUUUCAAAGUGAUUUCAU